UUUAUUUUGUGGUGGCUUAUCAUAAGAAGUCAGGGCUUAGCCUUGCUGUUUCACACUGAUACUCAUCAUCAUCAUCACAGAGAGAGAGAGAGAGAGAGAUGGGUAUGACGGUGGGAAUGGUGUUUUUGUUGUGGUCAAUGAAUGUAUUUAUAGAAGCAGUGGGUUUGGGAAACAGUUCAUGUAGUGGAGCAGCAGCAGUUUGUGGGAACGUUACAAUUCCAUACCCUUUUGGAAUUGAACCUGGUUGCUACAUUGACGAUUCGUUUGCGAUAGAUUGCAACAACACUCUUGGCUCUCCCAAGCCUUUCUUAAGAAAAUUAGAUCUGGAGGUGCUGGACAUUUCAUUAGAGGGCACACUUCGCGUCAACUAUCCUAUGUCAUGGUGGUGUCCUUAUGGUCGUAGCACACUAAAUGUGAGCUUAGCAUCAAGUCCCUUUGUCUUCUCAAAAUUGAGAAACAUAUUCGUUGCCAUGGGUUGUGCCAACGUGGCUUAUCUUCUAUCCAGUGAUGGCUCAAAUAGCUCAUUAAGUAUAUAUGGUGGGUGCAUGUCCGUUUGUGAAAAAGACACCAUACAGUCAAACGGCAGUAGCUGCAAUGGCAUCGGCUGUUGCAAAACUACAAUCCCUUCAGAUCUCGAUGUGUUUACCACAAAUAUACAGUCAAUGGGCAGAGCAUCUUUUGAAAGAACCGAAGAUUGCAAGUAUGCCUUCUUAGUAGAUCAGAAGUGGUUCGAGGAAAAUUUAACAAGCCACUUUGAAGUCCAAAAAAUGUCUCACGUUCCGGUGGUAUUAAAUUGGGAAAUAAAUGCAAACUUAUCUUCUCUUGUAAUGGGAAGUAAUUCAUCUCACUCAACCUGUCAGUUUGCAAAUCGUUCUUCGUCAUUGGGUAAUAUGAGUUCAACUUUUACAUGUUCUUGCGACUCCGGCUUUGAAGGAAAUCCCUAUCUUGUUGAUGGAUGUCAAGAUAUUGAUGAAUGCGCAAAUCCAAGAUCAUGUAGAUUCUUCAAUCUUCAAUAUCUCUGUGUAAAUGUUCCUGGGGAUUAUUAUUGUGUUUCAAUUUCUGAUCACAAGUCUCGUAACAAAAUUAUCAUAAUAGGUAUUAGCACAGGCAUCAUUGGACUAUUAUUUCUGUUCAUUGGUGGAUGGUGGUCAUACAAAGUGGUAAAAAAAAGGAAGAAUAUUAAGCGCAAGGAGAAGUUCUUCAAACAAAAUGGUGGUUUAUUAUUGCAACAACAAUUGUCUUCAAGUGAAGUAACUGUUGAGAAAACUACCAAAUUGUUUAACUCAAAGGAUUCGGAAAAGGCCACUGACAAUUUUAAUGUGAAUAGAAUUCUUGGUCAAGGAGGACAUGGCACUGUUUAUAAAGGUAUGUUGAUAGAUGGGAAAAUUGUUGCAGUAAAAAAGUCCAAAGUAAUUGAUGAAGGAAAACUCGAAGACUUCAUUAAUGAAGUUGUCAUUCUUUCACAAAUUAACCAUAGGAAUGUGGUUAAACUACUUGGUUGUUGUUUGGAGACAAAAGUUCCUUUGCUAGUUUAUGAAUUCAUUCCUAAUGGAACUCUAUCCCAAUAUCUCUAUGAACAAAAUGAGGAGUUUCCAGCAACAUGGGAAAUGCGCUUACGAAUUGCUACAGAAGUUGCAGGAGCUCUUUUCUACUUACACUCAGCAGCUUCUACACCCAUUUACCACCGAGACAUUAAGACUACAAACAUUCUCUUAGAUGAUAAGUACAGAGCAAAAGUAGCAGAUUUUGGGACUUCAAGAUCCAUUGCUGUUGAUCAAACUCACCUAACCACAGUAGUACAAGGCACUUUUGGAUAUUUGGACCCUGAGUAUUUCCAAUCAAGUCAGUUUACAGAAAAGAGUGAUGUUUAUAGUUUUGGUGUUGUCCUUGUUGAGCUCUUAACUGGAGAAAAACCGAUUUCUUUUACAAGGGCAAAAGAAUGCAGAAGUUUAGCCACAUAUCUCAUUCAUUCAAUGGAGGAGAACAAUUUGUUUGAUAUUAUUGAUGCUAGAGUUAUGAAGGAUGCUAAACAAGAAGAAAUCAUAGCAAUUGCAAACCUUGCAAAAAUGUGCUUGAACUUGAAUGGGAAGAAACGACCUACAAUGAAAGAAGUUGCAAUGCAGUUGGAGGCAGUCCAAACAUUGCAAAAAACUCCUAAUGUUCAACAAAGCUGCGAAGAGGUUGAAUAUGUCAGAACUGAAAUGCAUGAGCAAUGGGAUGAUGUUUCUACAUCAACAAUGUCAGGUGCGGACAGUGGUGUAGCUUCAUCUUCAAGGUCCCGCCCACUAUUAUCUUUUUAAUUAGGUUGAAGUAAAAGCUUUCUUUGCAGUAUUUAUUUAGUUUCAUCUUGUGAUUCUAUAUCUUUAGCUUCUUUUGUUUUUCUUUUCCUUUUUUUUUUUCUUUUUUUUUUUGUGUUAUAAAACUCAUUUCAUGGAAUUAGUUCUUAAGGUGGAUUAACCUUAUGCUCUUAUGGUUGUACAAUAUAACAAAAGUCUGCAUUUUGGUAU